UUAAGUUAGUCGCGCACAACGGACCGAACAAAAUAAACGUCUGCUUUUGUUUAUUUUCUAACGUUAUUCCUUAUACAUUAGUUUGAUAUUAGGGUUCUCCAAACGAGGAGGAUCUUAGCGAUUUUGUUUUUCUAUUGUAAAUUAUAAAUAAAACAAAUUAAACAAAAAUUUAGUCAAACAUGGAGAUUGAGGCGGGUGAGCGAGCACCUCUAUCGCUGUGCGGCAAAGUGUCAACAUUUAUUGCCAACCACUGGAAGGGUUUAGUAGUAUUUCUAGUGCCUCUAUUAUGUUUACCUGUGAUGUUAAUGAAUAAUACUCCUGAAUAUCGCUGUAUGUACCUGCUUAUUGUUAUGGCUAUUUUUUGGGUAACUGAAGCCUUACCCCUGUAUGUCACCUCUAUGAUUCCAAUUGUUGCGUUUCCUGUAAUGGGUAUAAUGAGCUCUGAUCAAACAUGUAGAUUAUAUUUCAAAGAUACACUUGUAAUGUUUAUGGGUGGUAUUAUGGUCGCCUUAGCUAUUGAAUAUUGUAAUUUACAUAAGCGUUUAGCUUUGCGCGUUAUACAAAUUGUCGGCUGCAGUCCUAGAAGAUUACACUUUGGUUUAAUUUUCGUUACCAUGUUCUUGUCCAUGUGGAUCUCAAAUGCUGCCUGUACCGCUAUGAUGUGUCCCAUUAUUCAGGCCGUCUUGGAGGAAUUGCAACAACAAGGUCUUUGCAAAAUGACCCGUGAACCACAAUAUCAAAUUGUUGGAAACAACAAGAAAAAUGGCGAAGAAGAAGCUCCCUAUCCCUCCAAGGUUACCCUAUGCUAUUUCUUGGGUGUUGCCUAUGCCUCGUCCAUGGGUGGUUGCGGUACUAUCAUUGGUACAGCUACCAAUUUGACUUUCAAGGGUAUAUAUGAGAGUCGUUUCCCCAAAUCGACCGAAACUUUGGAUUUCCCCACCUUUAUGUUCUAUUCGGUGCCCUCUAUGUUGAUUUACACUGGUCUAAUGUUCUUGUGGCUGCAGUACCACUACAUGGGCUUGUUCCGUCCCAAGAGCAAAGAAGCCGAGGAGGUUAAGUUGGGCAACCAGGGUGCCGAUGUUGCCAGAAAAGUCAUCGAUCAGCGUUACAAGGAAUUGGGACCCAUGAGUGCUCACGAAAUUCAAGUUAUGAUUUUGUUCAUCAUUAUGGUCAUUAUGUAUUUCACCCGCAAACCCGGCAUUUUCCCUGGCUGGGCUGAUUGGUUGGAUGCCAAGGAUAUUCGUAACUCUAUGCCCACCAUCUUUGUGGUCAUCAUGUGUUUCAUGUUGCCCGCCAACUAUGCAUUUAUGCGUUACUGUUGCAAUCGCAGAAAUCUCGAAUUGCCCACCGCCCCUACUCCCUCUUUGAUCACCUGGAAGUUUAUACAAUCUAAAGUGCCAUGGGGUUUGGUAUUCCUGUUGGGUGGUGGUUUCGCUCUGGCCGAAGGUAGUAAAGUCAGUGGUAUGGCUUCGAUGAUUGGUAGUGCUUUGAUUGGUUUGAAGGCAUUGCCACAUGCCGUACUCUUGUUUGUCAUCAUUAUUGUGGCCGUUGUAUUGACCGCAUUCAGUUCUAAUGUGGCCAUUGCCAACAUUAUGGUGCCUGUUUUGGCUGAAAUGGCAAUUGCCAUUGAAAUUCAUCCCUUGUACUUAAUAUUGCCCGCUGGUUUGGCUUGCAGUAUGGCCUUCCAUUUGCCCGUCAGUACACCACCCAAUGCUUUAGUAGCUGGUUAUGCCAACAUUCGUACAAAGGAUAUGGCUAUUGCUGGUAUUGGUCCCACCGUUAUCAGUAUCAUUGUCUUGUUCAUUUUCUGUCAAACAUGGGGCUUGGUUGUUUAUCCCAAUCUCACCACUUUCCCCGAUUGGGCACGUACCGUAGCACUUAAUGCCACGCACUAAAUGCUGCUGCUACAUACACACAACCACCACACCCACUACAUCCUAAUUAGUUUUUAAGUUUUAACCGAUUUUUAAUUUCUUCUUCCAUUCAUUUUUCUUACCUUCGUGCUCGUUCUAUUAUUUUUUUGUUCUUUUAACCAUCAGUCUGCUCCUGAAAUGACAGUAGCAGACCUUUUUUUGUAGGCAAUUUUCUAAUUUUAUUUUAAAACUAUUCAUUUUUUAAUUUAAAUAAUUUUUAGAAAAAAAAAAUCAAAUUUUUUUUUAAAAAAACAAAUUCAUUUUAAGAAAUUUCUUUAUUAGAAAAAAAUUAAAAGUAAAACAAAAGUAAAGUGUACGUUUGUUAACUGUAUGUGUAGUUUUUAAGUUUUAAGUAAAAAAGAAAAUGAAUUUUAAAAAAAGAAAAACUUUUCACUUAAUCAUUUAAGUUUAAUAAACAAAAAAAUAUAUAAUAAAUAAUAAAUAUAAAUAAUUAUGUAUGUUUUUAUCUGUUUAGGUUUAUAGAUGAUGCAUAGACAUACAUACAUAUAUUGUUGUAGUUUUAUAUAGAUUGACAAAUUAAUAAAAACAUACAUAGCUAUGUAUUUAGUACAUUAUUUAGUAAAAUGUACAAUUUCAUGUUCUUUUGGUACCUUUGUUUAGUGGUACUAAUUUACAUACAAGUAUCUAUAUAUAAAUAUUUAAUAUAAUAUUUGUGACUUGAUGCAUUUCUGUUCUAAUAUUUUUUUUUUUUUUUGAUACAAUUAUAUACAAAGAUACACACCUACAGACACACAAAUAAAUCAACUAAAUUUUAAAACAAAUGAAUAAAUAUUUGAACCAACAAAAUAACUCAGAAAUAUUUUAAAUGAUGUAAUUUUUAAAUUAAUAUUAAACAUACAAUACAAAACAAAAUGAAAAUAUAAACAACUAAAUAUAUAUUUUUACAAAAUUUAUGUACUUUAAUAUGUAAAAAUACAAAUUUUAAAAGAAAGAAACAAAAAGAAUAAAAAAAUUUGAAAAAAACAA